GGGUGCGGUCGCGGUAGCUAGGCCCCACCGCAGCCGGUCCGCGGUCGCCGGUUUAAGCAGGGAGGCCGGCGGGUCACGUGCCGGACGGGGUGGGGGCGUGGCACUAGGAAGCGGCCUCCGCGCCCGCUGGGAUCGCCGUCGCCACCGCCCGGCCCGACUCGCCGCGUUCCUGUGCCGGGCGCCGCUCGCCCCGCUCCACGCUGGCGGCCGCCCCCGGACUCCCCGCCGCAGUGGCGGCGCCCGCUAUGGGUGAGGAGGACUACUACCUGGAGCUGUGCGACCGACCGGUGCACUUCGAGAAGGCGAACCCGGUCAACUGCGUCUUCUUCGAUGAGGCCAACAAGCAGGUUUUUGCAGUUCGCUCAGGUGGAGCUACCGGGGUGGUAGUUAAAGGCCCAGAUGAUAGGAAUCCCAUCUCAUUUCGAAUGGAAGACAAAGGAGAAGUGAAGUGCAUUAAGUUUUCCUUAGAAAAUAAGAUAUUGGCUGUCCAGAGGACCUCAAAGACUGUGGAUUUUUCUAAUUUUAUCCCGGAUAGUUCUCAGCUGGAAUACACUCAAGAGUGCAAGACCAAGAACGCCAACAUACUAGGAUUCUGUUGGACCAGUUCUACUGAAAUUGUCUUCAUAACAGAUCAAGGAAUUGAAUUUUACCAGGUGUUACCAGAGAAACGAAAUCUGAAACUCCUGAAGAGCCAGAAUAUCAAUGUGAAUUGGUACAUGUACUGCCCUGAGGGUGCUGUGAUUCUGCUCUCUACCACAGUCCUUGGCAAUGUGCUGCAGCCCUUUUAUUUUCGGGCUGGCACUAUGUCGAAGCUGCCCAAGUUUGAGAUUGAAUUACCAUCUGUGCCCAAGUCAACUAAGCUGAACCUUUCUGAGAGAGACAUCGCGAUGGCAACCAUAUACGGACAGCUUUACGUGCUCUUCUUGAGGCAUCACUCUCGGACCUCCAGUAGUACAGGCGCGGAGGUGGUCCUGUAUCAUCUGCCACGAGAAGGUGCCUGUAAAAAGAUGCACAUAUUAAAGUUAAAUCGGACGGGGAAGUUUGCCCUCAAUGUGGUGGAUAACCUGGUGGUCGUUCACCAUCAGGAUACAGAGACAUCGGUGAUAUUUGACAUCAAGUUAAGGGGAGAGUUUGACGGCACCGUCACCUUCCAUCACCCGGUGCUCCCAGCGCGCUCCAUUCAGCCCUACCAGAUCCCCAUGGCAGGUCCCGCUCCUGUGACCAGCCAGUCUCCUGUCCCGUGCAAACUCUAUUCUUCAUCCUGGAUUGUCUUUCAACCUGAUAUCAUUAUCAGUGCAAGCCAAGGCUACCUCUGGAACCUCCAAGUGAAGCUUCAGCCCAUCGUAAACCUCUUGCCAGAUAAAGGAAGACUGAUGGACUUUCUCCUCCAGAGAAAGGAGUGCAAGAUGGUCAUCCUGUCUGUCUGUUCGCAGAUGCUGAGUGAGUCAGACAGAGCAACUUUACCUGUGAUCGCCACGGUUUUUGACAAACUCAAUCACGAGUAUAAGAAAUACCUGGACGCGGAGCAGAGCUACACGACGGCACUGGAAGCCGGGCAGAGCCGGAGCAGUCCGCUUCUCAAGAGGCCGGUGCGGACCCAGGCGGUGAUCGAUCAGUCCGACAUGUACACGCACGUCCUGUCGGUGUUCACGGAGAAGGACAUGCCUCAUAAAUUUGUGAUCGCCGUUCUUAUGGAGUAUAUUCGCUCUCUCAACCAGUUUCAGAUCACAGUACAGAACAGCUCCGGUCCUGGACCCCCGUGGCCUCUCCUCUGGUGUAGGUGGGUGAUUGGGAAACGGGCUCUCCUUCCGUCUCUGUCCUCAGCACUACUUACACGAGCUCGUCAUCAAGACGCUGGUCCAGCACAAUCUCUUCUAUAUGCUGCAUCAGUUCUUGCAGUACCAUGUUCUCAGCGACUCCAAGCCUUUGAAAGUUUUUACCCUCCUGCCCACCAGCUGUCUCUGGAUAUGCUGAAGCGACUCUCGACUGCAAAUGAUGAGAUCGUGGAAGUGCUGCUUUCCAAACACCAAGUGUUAGCGGCCUUACGGUUCAUCCGGGGCAUUGGCGGCCAUGACAACAUUUCUGCACGAAAAUUUUUAGAUGCUGCGAAGCAGACUGAAGACAACAUGCUUUUCUAUACUAUAUUUCGGUUUUUUGAACAGCGAAACCAGCGUUUGCGAGGGAACCCUAACUUCACACCAGGAGAACACUGUGAAGAACAUGUUGCUUUUUUCAAACAGGUUUUUGGAGACCAAGCUCUAAUGAGGCCUACAACAUUCUGAAAUCACUUGCUAGUUUUUUUAUAUAUAUAAAAAUGUGUACAAAGUUAAUUUAUUGCAUUAAUAAAGCUCUUUAAACUA